AAAUAAAGUGAUUUAAAAAGCGGAUAUCAGAAAUCAAAGUUUGAUUACUCCUUAAUAAAAUCAAUGUUUUUAUAACAAACAAAAGAAAUGUUGAUAUCAGACGGUAUUAAUCAUGGUAAAUUACAAUCUAUUAUAGUUGGAGAAUUAAAAAAAGCGGGAUUAAAACAUCGUCUUAAAAAAAUUAUAUUAAAAAAUGUUAAAGAUCAUAAAACAGUGUUUGGGGCCCCUUUGUUGAAAGUGCCAUCAUGUAGUGUGAUUUGUUGUGGAAGCACUUUGUGUAUUCCCACCGUUGUUAGUGAAAUGUCGUCAGUAUUACGAAAGAAUGCCCAUAUGGAAGGCCUCUUUAGAAAAGCAGGAUCACAAACCCGUCAGAAAGAUAUAAAGCGGUUGCUUGACGCUGGUGGUUGUGUAUCAGAGGGCCAUCAUCCAAUCGAUGUGGCGAGUGUGUUGAAACUCUAUCUCCGGUGCUUGCCAGAGCCCUUAAUUAGUGCUGAAGUACAAGAUCUGCUUUUGCGAUGUAGACUAACAACUGGCGAAGAUUGUUUAAAAUCUAUUUUAAACACAUUAUUACUCUUACCAGUACUACAUGUUCACCUUUUGCAUUAUGUAAUGGAGUUAUUAAAUUAUAUAGCAUCAAAACAUAAAGAUAACUUAAUGGAUUCUUCAAAUCUAGCCAUAGUACUGGCUCCCAGUAUCAUGCCUCUACCGGCUGCAUCGUCGGCUCAACGUUUAGAACAUCAUGUAGCCCUAGUUAAGAUCUUUAUUGAAAACUCUAAGCACAUAGGACUUUUGACAGACGAACUUAUGACAAAACUAGAUGAUGAUUCUGAUGUCAGUCAGUCAAGAAGGAAAAAAAGGAGAAGUGGAUCACUUAAUAGAAUGUUAAGUGGAUUACGAAAAAUGGUAUCUGGUAAUGUAGCUACACCAGCACUAGUCAUGGAAAACGGUAAAACACCAGUAUUGAGUAAAUCAGCAGCCAAAAGGAAAUUUGAUAAUAAUUAUGAAGGACUUUCUGUAAAAGUAAAGAAAGAAAUAAGAAAGGACCUUCCUCAAAAGGAACUAUCAUUUACACCAAUGAAAAUUGGUGUGACUGGGCGGAAGAGAUUACGCCUGAGUUUUAUGGAUUCUAGAAGUACACCUGUUAUUAAUUCAGAUUUUAAUUCUCAUAAAAACUCCGAAACAAGCAUUUGUAGUGAAGAUAUAUUGACAUCCUCAGAAAAUUUGUUCAGUGCUCACGAUACUAUAGACCUAUCUUCUGACAUGAAAGAAAUUGACAAAGACUAUGUGAGGAUAUCUAAGCAAGAGUAUGAAGAAAUAAAAAACAGAGUAUCAGCAAUCGAAAAUAGAUUGUCAAGGGAGUUUACUGAUGUCAUACCAAGAGUCCAGCCAUUGCAGCAAGUGCAAAAUGUUUACGAGCAGACAUUGGAAGAUGUGGCCAUGUUAAAUUGUCCAACUUCGGAGCAUUUAGCUCGUCGCCUUAGCAAAGAAUUAAAAAUCAGGCCUAAGGAACAAGCCAAAAUAAUUCGUUCACCAAGUGCGAGGAAAAUUGGUACGAUACGACGUCGUUCCAAAGAAAAUCUGACUAAAAUAGUGAGGCAUAAAUCCUGGAACGCUUCCUCUCAAUCGCAAACUAAUCAUAAUACUGAUAGGUUCUAUCCAUACGUAGGAUUAAUUCGGAGAGAGCGAACAAGCACAGUCAAACCAAAUCAAGUAGAUAUAACAAGCCAAAACUUAGUUUCUGAAUGGGAUGGCUCAUUAUCAGAGAAUUCAAUUACCAAUGUAUCUGAUUCUAGUCUAAAAUAUCAUCAAAGAAAAAGAAUAAGUCUCGCUCCAGAUUUUAAUUUAAAUAAAACUAUCGGUAAAGACAAGUCGCGUCGAUCACUAAAUAUAACGAUAAAUAACAGCUGGGAUGGUACAGGACCUGAAAAUUCAUCGAAUAAUUCAACCAAUCACAAAACAAAAUUAAGGUACUCGUCACAGUUUCAAUGCUAUCAAGAUAUUAAAAAUCCUACUCAAAUAAGUAAAGAAAUUUCAUCGAAUUCAAAACAAAAAUGGCGAAACGCUGCAGCUUUCUUCAUGAAUAAAACAGGUGAAUUAGAAACAAGCGGCCAAACCGGAAGACCCUCAGUAAACAAGUUGCGGCGUCAGAAUGCAGGAGCUGUUCUCGCAAAAGCCAAGAUGUUCGAAUCCAGCUCCGACAAAUCAUCUGAUCGGAAUGAGAAGUCAAUGCAUACAGGUUUUGCAAGAAAACCUAGAAUGAGCCAACAACAAAUGAAGGCACAAAAAAUUGUUCCUAAUUCCAAAUCGAAACUUCAGUCUUAUGUUAGAGAUGAAGUUGAAACUAGUCCAGCUUACAAAACUAAAAGCAAUUCUAAUGAUUUUGGUUCGUCUGCAACAUAUCGCACUUCAGGUUCUCAUAAUAAAGACGACAUCAAUAAUAUGCGUCCGAGUAGAAAAAUUUCACCCGUUAAAAAAGUGGUAUCCCCGCAAUCUAACUUAUUAAAAACACCGCAACCUCCUGCAUUCAAAAAAUCAUUAUGUACACCUCGAAACUUACGAACGCCUGCUUCAGCUAGUGAACUAAAAAGAAACAAUAUACCGAUGAAGGCUGUGCACAUUUCUCCUAGAAGAUCCCCCCGCCAGAAACAACGUGCAUACAAUUAAUUGAUUUACAGUAUUUUUGAAUAAGUCUGCUACAUAUAU